UGCAAGUGAUCAGCUCUAACUUUAAUGUCUUUUUGUUUUUGGCAAUGGAUAUCUCAUCUCAUCAACAUCUGGAUCCAAAGUUUUUCUGUUAUCCAGAAUCAAAUGCCUCCUGCACCAGAGAAAUUUUCAGUGAAGGAGUUCAAAUUGCUUUAUACUUUUUUUUUGUUUCAGGUAUGCUGGUCACUAUUCUAGGGAACGGUGUGGUCAUUAUCUCCAUUGCUCACAUAAAACAGCUCCACACGCCAACUAACAUGCUUAUAAUGUCUUUGGCAGUUGCAGACCUGCUGCUUGGAGUAACUGUGAUGCCUUUUAGUACAAUGAGGGCUGUGGAGGGCUGCUGGUAUUUUGGAGAUGCUUUUUGUUUGCUGCAUUCUAGUUUUGAUAUGUUCCUCACAUCUGUUUCAAUUUUCCACCUGGUAUUCAUAGCCAUAGAUCGAUAUGAGGCUGUGUGCAGUCCACUUCGCUAUUCCACCAAGAUUACAAUACCAAUUGCAUGGCUCAUGGUUUUUGCCAGUUGGGCCGUUGCUGCAUUGUACUCCUAUUGCCUACUAUAUUCCAAAGCAAAUGUAAGAGGACUGGAUGAAUUCAUUGCAUCCAUAUACUGCCUGGGAAGUUGUAAUCUUUUCCUUAAUGCUCUGUGGGGCACCCUAGACACAUUGAUAGCCUUUUUCUUUCCGUGCUCUGUAAUGGUGGGUUUGUAUACUAAAAUAUUUUUGGUGGCAAAAGAACAUCUAAGGAAGAUUGAAGACAGCCAAAAGAAUUCCAAUGAGGGAGGUAGAGGUGUGGUGUCUCAACGGUCAGAGCGGAAAGCAGCUAAAACUUUAGGCAUUGUGGUGGGUGUUUUCAUCUUUUGCUGGCUGCCUUUCUUUGUUAAUUCCAUAGUUGAUCCAUACACAAACUUUAGCACACCACCUAUUCUCUUUGAAGUGUUUAUCUGGCUGGGUUACUUUAAUUCUACUGCAAAUCCAAUCAUCUAUGCACUGUUUUAUCCAUGGUUUCGAAAAUGUCUUAAUCUCAUUGUCACAUUGAAAAUAUUCAAUAGAAAUUCUUCCUAUAUAAAUGUAUUUGCUACUACAUGA